AUGUCACCCCGUAUAUUCGCAGAGCGUCAUCCAAAGCUCAGGAGAGCCAUGGAUUCCGAGUCUGAAUCCCCGGAGGAAGUACGGGAGUCGUUCCCGCUCACUCAUAAGUUCCCGCUGGAAGCUGUGGUGUCAGUGGAAUGGUAUUCACUUGCCCAGCUGGAGUACCUCGCAGACAAGAUAAGGAAAUCCCAGCCCGUCGAAAACUUGCUCCUUCCGAUUCCGAAAACACUCACGGACCCUCCGGAACGGGCGACCUCAUCCAAAGACAUGGGUUGGAGGAAGAAAGUUUCCCUGAGGAUUUCAUCCCCCAGAUCGGCGAAAGCAUCCAUGGACUCUUUUGUAGACGAAGACCUGAGUAUGCCGCUCACAAUAGCGUCGCCACCGUCAACCUACAACAGUCCGGUGAAGGCUCCAGUCGAGUCGAAAGAAGAUCCAGUGACGAUAACUGUGAACAAUAUGGUGGACAUGAUCGCUAGUCCGAAGAAAAACUUGUUUCAUGAGAAGGCUUCGCUCGGAAGCACUUGUCACGGAGACGCGAGCGGGGGUGAUGGAACGGCGACACAGACCGAAGCUAAGAAAAUUGUGAAAGAAGCUCGCUCUCGUGACCCGAAUGUCGAUUCCAGGAGAAAUAUGCUCACCACGAAUUCAAGCGAGCGAUCGGGAGCUCCUAGACCAGAAGGAACGUCGACACUUCGAUAUCAUCUCUUCGAGGGAGAAGCCUACAGAAAUAUCCACGAUGACGAUCAGUUUGUAGGAGCCAAGCGACCCCAGCGAUACCAUCGCAAAAUGGUGCCCUCCGUCCCACAGGCAGCCGUUUUACUUCACGAGCCGGACAUCGAGAAAGAUCCUCCUUGGUUGCAAGCGGGGAUCCGUGAAAAACUCGCACAGUUUGUCGUAGUUGUCUCGUCUAAAUCUGGCUUUGAUGGCCCUCAUGGGUCACAGCUCCAAGAUAUGAAGCUUGAGAGAGUAGAUCCGAGCACAAUUGCAGAAAUUCUCAUGAAAGUCAGAGUUGCAAGGCCAGUGCAAUCCAAUCCUCUCGGCACUUCUGAACCCAUCGUUGACCCAGCCGAGAGGGCCGCUCCGACGCGGGAAAACAUCAAGGAGGGAGAGUUGGAGGAGAUCUCAGAAGCGGAAUCGCGACUUAGGAGAGAACUAUUCGAUCUGCUCUACGAUACACCGCACAAGGGCCUAUCAUUGGAUGAUCUCUUCGAUGAUGCCCAUCAAACUAUCCUCAUGGAAUUAUCCAAUGAGGUUCACCUGACAAACGAGAAAUUACGUCUUUUAUCGUCGAAGCGGAGCUUGAGCCGCAAGUUGACAGAGAUUUUGAAAAAAACAAAACAGCAGCAGCGGAAGCGUUCGAGAACAUACGCACGGCCGCCUCAGAAGAAGCAGAGGUCGCAAGCGCACCUCGAGGGACAGGUCCGUAUGCAGCAGGUCCGGGAACAUUGCCCCGCUACUGUUGUGCACUUAACAAGACCACCCGACGAUUUUCCCGCAGCGACCGCAGUAAAUGCGAAGGGUGUCAAACCGGUCCCUCCGGCUCCCACGAAUCAACAAGUCUUGAGCUUCCACAGGAACGAUCAGGCUGUUUUCUUGACACCGAGCAUGAAUUUCCAAAUUAUAAGACCUGCCACAACAAGCGCACCGAGUUUUUUCACUGUGAGACAACCUUAUAUCGCGAGACCGCCUUGA